AAAAUCGGAUGAAAUUACUGAACAACAGAAGAUGACUAAAGCAGGUAUAGUUUCUAUUUUUUUUAAUAUAAUAUUUAUGAGAUUUGAGGACCUCUCAUUUUAGAGACGGGGAGUCAUGCUAGCAACAACUUAGACCUAAAAUGAAUUUGGACUAAAAAUUUUCUUAAUAUCUUAUUCUCUUUUAAUGUGUUUAUGUGAAAGAUUUUAAUUAAAUUAAAAGUAUAGUUUCUACGCUCUUGUAUUUGUUUCUGUUUAGACAAGGUUGUUUGUAUCUUUCAAACUUAACCACAUCACGUUUUUUUAUGACAAAUAAAAUUGUAGCCUUCGUUGUGUUUUGUUAUCAUAAGUUAGUAAAUUAUUUACUCUCUGACAAUUGUUCUUCAAAACUAUAGUGCAUGAUGAAAUGUGGAACAAAUAAAACUCAUUACUUGUGGCUUUCUUCUUUUUGUUUUUGUUUUAAGAUUACAUUUUCUUCUUAACAAGAAAACAAACUGUUUAAUUUUCAGAAAUGGAACAAAAGAUGAUGAGAAUCUUGAAGCUAAUGAAGAACAAAGAUCAAGGAAAAAGUAGAGGAAUGCCAAAGGACUCAAAGAAAGAAACGGAAGUUGUUGGCCUUGUUGAGGAUUUAUACAAAAGUUACCAGUCGAUUUAUGAACAAUAUGGUCAUCUACGAGAUGAAGCUGAAAGAAUCUUUAAUUCCAAAAGUGAAGACGAAGAGGACAAGGAAGAUGUCUCUUCUUCAUCUUCAAGCUCUAAUUCUGAUUCCGAUUUAGAAUAUUUUUCGUCCGAGGAAGUAAACACCAACAACGUUCAUAAUUUACAGGAUGAACGCUCAAACAACUUCCAUGCUCAAAUUCAAGCAGAUGAGCUAGAAAAGCAAAUUGUACAAAAGAAUGAAGCCUUGGCUAAGGUUGAUUUUCUGCAUCGAGAACUAGAUAGUGUACGAAGCCAGAAACGCGAAUUGGAAAAUAGGAAAAACAAGGAGAUAUCUGAGAAUAUGGCUUUGAUAGUUAAUUUGAAACAAGAAAUAUCGAAAAAGAUUGGACUUGAACAGAAGAUUCUGGAAGACAAAGAGAGAGUUCUUGAUCGGAUAAAGGAGCUGGAAACGGAAUUAGACACUCUACAUUACCGAAGAAGGGAAAUAGAAGAACAAAAUAUUCGAAUGAGAUCCGAAAAUCAAUGGCUAAACACUAAGAAUUCUGAAUUGGAGAUGGCAUUGACGAGUAAAGAAACGGAAGCUUCUUCUCAGACGAUCGCAUUGAUGGAGCAAGUCAAGAAUCUAAAACAUAAAGUGGAUGGAUCGCAGGCUGAAAAAACCAAAUUAGAGCAAGAAAUGGAGCGAUAUAAACAAGAAUUUUCUCACAAAUUCUCUGAAAUGGAGGCAGAAAACAACAGAUUGAAAAGCAAAAUUGUCGAUCAGGAAAGAAUCCUAAAAGAAAAGGACGAAACAAUAAUCACAUUUAACGAGAAAUACAAGCAAGCAAGAAAUUGCUUACCCGACGUCGCUUCGAGUCUGGUAAGCACAGAGAGAAAAAUGGAAGAGUUAGCAGAAGAGCUCCGAAGCGGCCUAGAAGAUAAAAUCCGUAUACUAUCUCAGAGAAUUCUCGUAGCAGAGCAACUACACAAUGAAAGCAGAGAAAGCUUCAGAACAAGAAACAAAAGACACGAACAAGAGAAGAGACAGUUUGAACAAAAAAUAGUAAAUCACGAAGCAGAACUGAUGAAACUGGGCAACAUGAACGAAUUCGGAAUGGACAGAAUGGCAAGAAAAUUCGAAGAAGAGAGUGCGAAGCUUCUAAAUCAUAUACUAUGGAUCACAAAGGAGCUUACAUUCGCAAAAUAUUGGGUUAGAACGCGAAACAACGAGUUAAAACAACUGAAAACAAAUUUAACUCGAUUCGUUGCUCAAAUGGAGGAAAAAGAAGAACAAGAGUUCUUGUUAAGAGAGAAACUAUGGAAUCUAGAGGCGAAAAUAAGCAAAGAGGGAGGAGAGAAACUGAAUCUGAUCAGAACGUUAGGACAAUUCGAGAAGAAGAUGACGAAAAUGGAGAAUAUACUGAAGGAGAAAGAUGAAGAAGUGUUCCGACUUGCCGAAGAGAAGAGAGAAGUAAUUCGACAACUAUGCGUUGUGAUUGAUCACCAUCGAAGCCGCUACGAUCAGCUCAAAGACGUCAUGCUCGAAAAGGUCAGAAACAAUAGAAUGAUUUGAGGCUAAUUGUUUUUGUUACAACUAUCAUUUAUUUUACACAUAUAUAUUGUGUUGAAAAAUUUUGGUAAAUGUAAAAGAACUAUGUAACAAAAUAUAUACAUUACAUUACACACAUAACAUUGUUU